AUGGCAUUCAAUCUACAUCAACUAAAUCCAAAGCCUGAUGUAAAAGUUGGUUUUAGACUUAAUGAUGAAUAUGCAGAUACAUUGUUGCCUAGGAUAAAACAGUUAUUGCGUUGUAAUCCUCAUUCGAAUCGAUUCCCCGGAACACAACCUGUGGAUUUUGAGAAGAGUCAUUUCGAAUUAUUGGAAUCAGAAGAAUAUUUUGUGCGAGAUAAAACUGAUGGAAAGCGAUAUAUCUUGUUUUUCACACCUGUCGACGGUGGCACUGCAUUUAUGUUUAGUAUUUUGUAUCAACAGAUGGAUGAGUCGAGCAAGUUUCGGAUCUUGACCAAUUUCAAGCUACCCUUAAGGCAUAACCACAGCGCAAUACAUAAUGAGACGAUGAUGGAUGGAGAAAUCGUGGUAGAAGCCGACAAUAACAAACGACGAUUGCGUUAUCUGAUAUUUGAUCUCAUGGUUCUGAAUGGAAGCGUAAUCAUAGAGAGGCCUUACAACAAAAGAAUGGGUAUGUUAAAGCAGGAUGUGAUCGAACCAUUAAAUGCCGUGCUGGAAGGAAAUUCAGAAAUGAGAAAGAAAAUGCCAUUUACGAUGGAGAUAAAAAGCAUGGAGUUAUCAUAUGGAUUGGUGAAUACAUUGCAGAAGAUUCCUUCAAUGAAACAUGGAAACGAUGGUUUAAUGUUUGUUCCAGUGAAUCAUCCAUAUGAACCGGAAAAAUGUAAAAAACUUCUCUUAUGGAAACCCAUCAGCCUUAUGUAUGUUGAUUUUAAGAUAAAAGUGAUCAAGACCAAGGACCGGAAACCUAUAUAUCAUCUUUUGAUAUCUGACGAUAAUCAAGAUCACAAAGACGAUACUGUGAAUCACAAGUUUUAUGAUUAUUUAACUUUGGAUCCUCAAACAGAAGUCAAAUGGCUUGAAGAUCCACCGGAUGGUGCCAUUGGACAAUUUUGGUAUGACGAACAUUGGAAGACCAAGAUUUAUGAUGCUACUCCUUAUGUACGUGAUGGCGGCUGGAAAUUUCACCGAUUUAAGCAUGAUAAACACACCGCCGAUACGGAGCAGACACUGGCCGAAGUCUGGAAUAAAAUUCUUAACGCUGUAUCCAGAGACAUGUUGGAAGAACGGGUCAAUAUCAUGAGGGACAAUUGGAAACGACGACAGGCAAGCAAACAUGGUAGCCUACGGAUGCCAUCAACGCCUCUCUUACAAACCCCAACCGCCACGCAGACUAGCUUUGGUCUCAGUUAUUUUCCUGAUGCAGGUCCAUCAUCGACUUCACCGUCAUCACUUUCAAAUAACCAACCGGUUUCGCCAUCCGA